GUCGCCAACCACGUCCUGAAUUAAUUUCAUGGCAAUUUUCUUUUGUAAUAUUAAUCAAAAAGCGUGUUAAAUAUGCACAGUCAAAUAUGCACUUGUCACGAAAUCGAAUCACUCUUUAUAGUGUGGUGUUUAAAGAUUGUGGUGCUUUGUAAGACUUUGUUUCUUGACGGCUCGAAGGUUGUUUUAUUUCCAAGCCUGAAAUUGCCUUAGCAUUUGGUAGUUUUGGACAAAGUUUAAUAAUACACUUGAAGUCAGGUAAAAGUGGUUGUAACUUAAGACAAAACACGAAGCAUGGCAUAUUUUCAAGGAACUUUUGAAAAACGUUGUAUGACGACAGGAGCUCCAACUGAACUUUCCUUUAUCACAACGACAUUUUCAAUCAUCUUCACAAUCGUAAACAUCCCCGGUAAUCUUCUAGUGAUCAUUGCUGUAGUUCUAGAUCCUUACAAGAACCUACGUACACCGUUUAACUACCUUAUGGCAAACUUAGCCAUGGCUGACUUGAUUGUGGGAACUGUGACUGACCCAUUAUCUGUGUACAUACAUUUGAAAGAGGGAAUUGAUGAAAAGUUACACAAGAAAGAGAUACAAGCUCUACAUAUGUCGUAUUUCAUUUCUUGCACAGCUUCUGUGCUCAGUCUAGCAACAUUGGCAAUAGAAAGAUAUUUGGCUGUCAGGAACCCACAUAACUAUAGAAACAGAUUCACAACGAAACGAGUAUUGGCGACAACAGCAAUAAUUUGGUUGAUAUCCCUCAGUUUGCCAUUUGUCUAUUUUGAAGUUGGCUAUAUAACAUAUGCCUUUAUAUUUGCCAACACGGGUAUCGUGUUUGCCAUUACAAUAACGAUACUGACAUAUUCGCUCAUGUUCCGUACUUUUCAACAACGUACUGGUAACGCCAUCAUCAACAAUCACAAUGGAAACGAAAAGAAAUCCAUGGAUGAGAUUACACCACGUAGCGAUCAAAGUCAAACCGCUGCUGCGUGGGAACGCAAGGUCACAAAGAUGUUCCUUUGCGUUUUGGUAGCCCUUCUUUGCUGCUAUGGUCCAUCAACCAUCUUUAUCUACAUCAUGAGUUUCUGUGAAUCAUGUGACUGUACAACGUUACAUUGGUUUAGAGAUCUCCAGUUCUUGUUCGUAAUUGCAAAUUCAUCUGUAAAUUUCUUCUGCUAUGCGUUGCGAUCCCGUCGUUUCAGAAAUGCAUUCUGGUACAUUUUUCGCAUGAAAAGAAUAGAAAGUCCAGAGCCAAUCUCUCAAUCUGGAGCAAGGUCCACACAAUCUUCAAAUGACACUCGUAUAUAGAUUUUGGUUAUUGAAAAUAUCAAAGUCAUUUUAAAAAUAUUUUCCUCUCUUUUAAUCAGACCUUGCAGCUUUUAUUUAAUGAUGUUACAAAUGAGAUUUUUAGUGAGUAAACAGUUUAUAAUCUUUGAGAGACAUUCAUUACUUCAAAAUGACAUUCACUAUAUGAUAGCUAUGUGAAGUUUUAACUGUUUAUUUUACCUACACUUGUAUUUCAUUCAUACAGAAUAAUGCAUUUGUAUUUAGAACUUAUCUAUACAGUAAAAAAUUUAUUUGAUUUAGCAUAGUAACGAAGAUAAAAGAUUAUCAAUUUAACAGCAGAAGUAAAACAAUGAAUGUUA